AUGGAUUACACAUCAACCACUCUACUUCUAGCUGUUCUACUAUUUGCAUCAGCAGUUGCUCAUGACAUUAGUCAUGAUAGUCUAUGCAAAUCCAUGGUGGAGACAGAAGGCUAUAUUUGUGAAGAACAUAAAGUAACAACAAAAGAUGGUUAUAUUCUUGGCGUGCAGAGGAUUCCGGUGGGGAGGACUAGUAAGACGGCGAAUAGGCCACCGGUUUUGUUACAACAUGGGAUUUUCAUGGAUGCUGCAACGUGGCUGUUCAAUUCUCCAAAUAAAUCUCUGGCUUUCAUCUUAGCAGAUAAUGGGUUUGAUGUGUGGAUGGGCAACAAUCGAGGAACAAUAUCUAGCCGUGGACAUACUUCACUCAGUGCUAAUGAUCUGGCUUAUUGGGAUUGGACGUGGGAGCAAUUAGUCAAUGAUGAUCUUCCUGCUAUGUAUGACUAUAUACAUAAUCAGACAGGGCAGAAACUGUACUAUGUUGGGCAUUCCUUGGGAACUUUGCUUGCUUUAGCAUCCUUUUCCCAAGAGAAGCUGGUGAACUUGACAAAAUCCGCUGCUUUGCUUUGCCCAAUUGCUUAUACAGGUCAGGUGUCCUCGGUGUUUCCAAGGGCUAUUGCCAAUACACAUCUAGCCCAACGCGCAUACUUGCUGGGUCUCGGUGAAUUCAUUGCUGGAGGGUCGGUUGUUGGCAAACUUCUGGAAGGUGUCUGCCACUUACCACCCAUUGACUGUAGCAACCUGAUAUCCACUGUUGCAGGCCCAAAUUGCUGCAUAAAGCCUUCCACCUACGAUGUUUUUCUGGAACAUGCACCCCAGUCAACGUCAACAAAGAACGUAGUCCAUUUGUCUCAGAUGCUUCUAGCUGGAAACAUAGCAAAGUACGACUACGGUGAUGAAAGUGAGAACAAGAAGCACUACGGGCAGGGCACUCCUCCUCUGUACAAUCUGACACACAUUCCAAAAGACAUUCCUCUUUUCAUUGGUUAUGGAGGGAAGGAUUCGCUUUCUGACGUUAAUGACGUGAAGCUUUUGCUUGACAACCUUAAGGAUCAUCAGAAGGACAAGCUUGUGCUACAGUACAGAGAUGACUAUGCUCAUUUUGAUUUCGUUAUGGCUGAGAAUGCGGAAAGUGUUGUAUAUGAUCCUCUGUUGGCUUUCUUGAGGACCCAAACUUGA